GUGAUUCUGCGGGGACUCUCCGCCUCCUUCUUCCCCACGCAGGGAGCGCGCUGCGCGGCUUGGAGAGGCGUGACGCGCCCGAACCGCAUCUCCAGGAUGGCAGGUCCUCCUGAGGGGCCUUCGGCUCUUUGUAGCAGGACCGCACCGCCGGUCCUUUGAGGACGAUGGACGCUGUGACCUUGCCAGGCCCCAGCUCCAGCACCAGGACCAGGAUGGAACCCAGAACCUCGGCCUGCAGACGAACACUCGGUGUGGUCCUGCUGGUGGCUGGCACAUUGGUUUCCAUGGUGACCUCAAGCUCACCUGCUGCAGUUGUGCUGGAAUUCAACAGAACGACUGAUUCUUCGUCACAUCCGUCAUCACCAUCAUCAUCCUCCACCUCUUCUAGACCCUCACCUCCCAGCCACCCCUCAGACUCUGGAUACCACAGUAACGGUGGUGGUGCAGGCUCAGCAGAGGACCCAGACUCUGGUGCUCAGGGGAUCCACCUCCUCCUGAGACCUCCAGACCUCCUGUCCCCCAGUCUACCUCCACCACUCCCCCCACAUAGCCAGCCCACCCUCACUCCUCCUCCCCCCUGGGAUCAGGGGCCCUCGCUGGAGGAGGCCUGGGGGUCUGGGGACUACCUGGAGACUCUGUCCUUCAUGGUACCUGAAGGUGACGAGAUGGCCCUCGCCACGCCACUGCCCAGCCACCCCUAUGAUGGGGACAAUGGGGGGGACUGGGUCUCUUAUGACACCUCCUUUCCUGCUCGCCCCACCCUCUCACUGUCAUCCAAACUUCCCCUCUCCCCCUCCUCCUCAACCCCCAACAUCCCCCUUCACACUCAGCCUGCCCAUCCAGAUGUCUUCCCCACCUGGGAAGAGGACUAUGACUUGGAGGACAUGAUCCCACUGGAGCCGACGGAGCUGCUGCUGCCUGACAUGAACAGUCUGGAGUACUACACAAACCUGUUGGCUCGGGAGAGGGAGAAGGAGAGGCAGAGGGAGAGGGAGAGGGAGAAGGAGAAGGAGAGGGAGAAGGAGAAGGAGAGGGAAAAGGUAAACGAGAACGACUCCAAACCUGUCCUUACACCUACAGCAACACACACCCACCAUCCUCCUUCUACCCCAUCCUCGAGCCCCAUUGCUCCUCCAGGAUUGGAGCCUAAGCAUCCCCCAAGACAGCCCACACCUCCCCUCAGCCUUACACCUAUCCUCACAGGUGAGGAGAAGACACCUGCUCCAUCAGCCACCCCCAAGAUCCCUUCCACCCCUACUCCUCUUGCUCCAAAACACAAAGACUAUGUCUCGGUCCCAAGCAGGCACCCUUCCCGACCCCCAUCCAACACCACCAGCUGGGUGCCUCCCCCUCCGCCGCUGGGACCCCCCACCCGCCCUGAGAGACCAGAGAGGCCCACAGUGGUCACUGAGAUGCCAGCAAAGGCUCCUCCCACCAAGGCCACAACCACUACUAAGGCUACCACAACAACAACCACCGCCAUCAUCACCACCACCCAAAUCACAGCCAUCAGCCUGACCAGAGCCCCUCCAGUCACCACACCCAGAGUGGCCCAGACCCCACCCACCAGACAAUACCUGUGCAAUGUCACCAAGCCAGAAAUGUACCUGGUCAGAGUAGUCAGCUCCAAAGGCUCGUCUGCUGGUUUCAGUCAGGUCCGAGAUCUUCUGAAAAGAGACUUCAACCGCUCAGUGGAGCUGCAGUUCUUGAGAACUCCAUCCAGUUUUGCCUUUCGCGUUGUGUCGGGACCGCUGAUCUUCACUGCCAUGUCCGUCAUCAAUGCCCUCCGCCGACCGCCGCCACGCUUCGGCCCCAUUCCCACAGUUUCACCACUGUACACCAUACCUGACCUCAGGUAUCAGAUCCACUCUGUGCUGCAGUUUGUUCCCACUCAUGUUGACAUUCGAGUCUGCAACUUCAGUGAACGGGUGGAGAGAGGGCUCACCAUGGCGUACGCAGAGACACGGAAGAGAUUACAUGAGGGAGGGAAUGCCACCGUACAGUUGCUGAACAUCACCAUGAGCGUGGCCCGGCCAGCGGUGGAGCAGAAGGUUCCCGUCGACAUCACGUUUGCGGUGCGGGAUGGCCGGGGCUACCUGCUGGGGUCAGAGGUCAGUGAACACCUGAGGAAGCUCAGCCUGGUGGAGUUCAGCUUCUACGUGGGAUUUCCUGCGCUGCAGAUCGCUGAACCCUUUCACUACCCUGAGCUCAACACUUCACACCACCUGCGCUCCACCUGGGUCCGUACAGUCCUGCUGGGAGUUCAGGAGCAGCUGGUGGCCGAGAGAAGCUUUAAGGCUCGUCUGGAGAGACGUCUGGCUCUGCUGUUGGAGGAGGGACUGCAGGAAACCAGCAGGAGACGCUGGAAGAGAGCCACAGCAGUGGGCAACAACAGUCUACAGGUGGUGCGGGUCUCCAGGCUGUCAGGGGCAGAGCGCCCUCUGGAGGUCUUUUAUUUUGUGGAGGGUCCCGGUGGAGAGAGGGUCCCUGCUGACGUGACCGCCGACACUCUGAACCGUGUGGACCUUCAAAGGGCCGCCAUUGUCCUUGGACACCGCGUGCAGAGACCGCUGGCCCAAUCUGUGGAGACGAUCUCUGUCCCUCCAGCUGAGACUCAGAGCAGCAGCAUCUGGCUGAUUGUCGGUGUUGUUGUCCCGGUCGUACUGGCCGUCUUCAUCAUCAUCAUUCUGUACUGGAAGCUCUGCGGUUCCGAGAAGCUUGAGUUCCAGCCGGACGCCAUUAACACCAUCCAGCAGAGGCAAAAGCUUCAGGCUCCCAGCGUUAAAGGCUUCGACUUUGCAAAGCUUCACCUGGGUCAGCACAGUAAGGAUGACAUCAUGGUGAUCCAGGAGUCCGGUCCACUUCCUGCACCAGUAAAGGAAGCCACGCCCUCUGAUGGCGGAGACCUCAACACCCCCAAAUCCAAAGGAUCAUCCACCAAGGUGUCGCGGCCGAGCCGCCGCAGGGGGAGGCUCAGCCCAUCAGACGGUGACUCGUUAGGAAGCGACCAAUCGAGCGGCAGGGAGUCAGCAGAAGAAAGCACCCGACCUGUGGCCACACCCAGCGAGGGGAAACAGCACAGGAAGACACCCAAAAAUGGGAGGAGCAAAAUGGGUGCUCCAUCAGGCAGCGGCCCGGACGAACUUCUGUCCUCGUCCUCCAUCUUUGACCAUGUGGACCGCCUGUCCCGCGGGUCGUCUGACGGCACCCGUCGUCAGGCCAACAAGGUGCAGCUCAUCGCCAUGCAACCACGUCCGAGCCCGCCGCAGCCACAUGUCCCAUCACAGCCAAGCCCCUCCCUCACUGAAAAGGUCAACACAGAGGUGGCGCUGCGGCACAAGUCAGAGAUUGAGCAUCACCGGAACAAACUGCGACAGCGUGCUAAGAGGCGGGGACAGUGCGAGUUUCCGUCCAUGGAUGACAUCAUGGACGCAUUUGGAGAUGGUCCGGUUCAGAGUGAGGCGGCACAGCGACUCUACAGCUCUGCCCACGACCACAUGGACUGCAUCCUGCAGGCCGAUGCUGCCUCACCCCCAACUCCCACCGACUCCAGGAAAAGAGGGAGGCGCUCUCCUAGGAGUCGGCGGGCUCAGCCAGGACCUGGAAGUCUUCCUGACACAGACAGAGACCGGCUGCUCACCGAUCAGAGCGCCACCUACAGGAAAUACCCCGGACUCAACAACGUGGCCUACAUGUCGGACCCCGACCUGCCCCCGGACCAUGGCAGCCCCUCCCCCACUGACGAGGUCUUUGACCCUGCCCCGGCCCCGCCCCCCUACAUGCCCCCCCAGCCCUCCAUUGAAGAGGCCCGGCAGCAGAUGCACUCUCUUCUGGAUGACGCCUUUGCCCUGGUGUCGCCGUCCUCGCAGGGCAGCGCCGGGGUAAGCUCUGCCCUGCCCAGCCCCUCCCCUCAGAGCUGGCCCCCAAACCAGCAGUGGGGCUCUUACCCAGCAGCCCCCCCUCACAGCCCCUUCUCUGCAAGAUAUGCAGAGCUGGGGAUGUCCCCCACCUCAGUCCAGGGCCUGCUGCAGAGGCAGGGGCUGAGCUCAGGAGGGUAUGUGUCUACUGGAGAUCAGCUGCAGGAGUCCAUUUACUCCAACAGGGGGCAGUAUGAGGACCCACCCUCCUCCUCUAGACCUCGACCUGUAGGAGGGAGCACAGGUGCACAGCUCCAUCACCUGACCCAGGUGGGUCUGUCCAGUCAGAUUGGUGCAUACCCUGGGGUGGGUCGCAGCAUGUCGGGCCCCACUGGCUCUAGCUGGAAUCAGCAGCACUCAGACCAGGACCUUUCCAGGCCGGGAGCCAGCAGAGAGAGCGUGAUGUCCUUUCCUGAGUUCUCCUCUUCCUCUGUUUUCCAGAUGCCCAGCUCCUCAUUGCGGGACCCAUCAGCUCCACCUCUCCUCUUGACCUCACCAACUCCAGAAUAUCCGCCUGAGGACGCAUCACCAUCCGCCCACACCUCCGCCUCUCUUAUAAAGGCCAUCAGGGAGGAGCUGCGACGUCUCGCACAGAAACAGGCGGCAGUGACCAGCUACCCGUAAACUGGUUUGGACCUCUUUGGAUCAGGACUCAGCUGGUUUUGAAAGUUUUAAACCACAUAGAACCUGAAAGGUCUAAGGGAAACCAUGAAACUAACCAAUUUACACUCUGGGCUCUGUUGAGCUAGUGUACGUCUGUGCCGGUAAACCCAAAACAAGUCUGGACCACAAUCCAUGUCUGAAAACUUGGACGUCUCUCCUGGAGACCUCCGGUACUUUACAGGGUCCUGAACUGUCUGUCCGUCACUCUCAGCUCUGUUUCAUUAGACAUGAGUUUGACUUGUAUUUUCCACUGAAGUGCUUCCUAAAGAGCAUCAUUAAUGAUCAUCCUUCCUGAACCUCUUGAUUCAGUCGUUACUUUUUAAACAUCUGGAGCAGCAAUUCAUUCCUGAACUUGUGGAGGAGAUGGUCCUUGAUGGUCUUCAACCUGAUUGGCCUCUUGGUCUUCUGGAGUUUAGUCAUUGGAGAGUUCAUUCUGGCCUCCUCGAGUUCUUGAGGGUUUUGGUUUGGUCCAGCCUAAUAUUGGGGGACAGUUGGAGCAGCUGCUUUUAUUAAACCCAGUUCUAACUGCAAGAUCAGUAUUUGAGACCAGUCUAGAGUGAACUUUAUGUUGACUGCACCAGCCAGCCUUAACUACGCCCGGUGGUAGCAAGCUCGUUUACUCGAACAUGCACAUGAAGAUGGGUGUUGCGUAACAGCAAGCAUUCUUGCUAACUGUUUACUUUUGGUGUUUUAGUGGUUAACACAUUUACUUGGGAAACAAAAGGUCACUGGUUUAAUUCUAGUUGCUUGAGGAAGGGCCUUCAUUGUAAACCUCUACCACAUUAAACUUGUACAGCUGUUGUGACCCCCUGUGGUAAGAGAGCAGCUAAAAACAGCUUUUUUCAUUUAGAUGAAAGCAAAUGUAAAAAAAAAAAUUACUACAAAUAAGAAAAUUGAAACAUCAUUAGUUAUCUCAAGGACACACUGAUCGCCAAGCGGUCUAACGUGAUAGAACUUGAGAAGCAUGGCAUUAGGACCUAAAUAAGUCAUUUUAUUGACCGGGCAUAGACAGAAGACCUCCUGAGUAAAACAAGGAUAUGGUCAUGUAAUUGUUGAUGCUCAUGAAGCACAAGUGUGAUAAAGUGCAGCACCACUAAAUGCUCGGUCAUGAGCCAACUCACACUUAAAGGCUCUCCAGUCAGUUCAAACAGAUCAAGAGAGUCAACUCCUCGUUGUUGUAUCUGUAACAGUCUGUCUAGCUUGCUUGUUGUAAAAUUAAUUUAUUGCUCAUAGAAACAAAUGCACAGUGGCUCCGUGCCUCAGAGGGCCCUGGUUUUUGGCUUGGGUCGGACCUGCUAUGCAGUGGUUGUAUGUUUUUGUUGUGCUGGUGAAGUUUUCACCGGGAGCUCGGGUUUUCUCAGUGUUGAUGAAUGUACUAGGUCAGGUAGCUUAUCUUGUUUCAAAUCAGUCUGCUAAAAGAGUGUAUAGUUCUCAACAAUUUCAUUUUCUGGUUUGAAAAACAGGCCAAGAUUUGCAAGAAGACUAAAGGCUGAAUGGUGCAACUACCAAUACUUCUCAGGCCUGACUUAGGACAUCAGGUUAUGAAUACCUUCUUAAGUUAGUGCAACCAACCUCUGGAGAAGAACUUCCCGUCUAGUCUUUCAGAACUUCGUGAUCGUUCCUGGAGUUCUAGAGUGAAUGGAUCUCCAGGGAAUCUAUCCGUUGGAACCUCUGCGAAGUGCUGUCCUUAAUGGCCUUCUGGUGGUUCAUCCUAUUGGGGUAGAUGGUUAUUCUUGACCUUUUGAGUGGAUAUUUCCCUCUGGACCAUUUCCUCCUAAAGUUCUGAAGUGGAUUGAUUCUCUGGACCUUCUGUGGUGCUAACUGUCAGCCUCAUACCAUCUUGUCAUUAACCACUAAUUGCCUUCCACACUCCCAUCAGCCACGGUGGUCAGGUGUUUGUUCAUAAACCAUAUCAAUGAGGUCUUUGCACUGUCGACAGCUGGAGGUGCCGCACAGUUCCUGCUGCACGGGGACGCAAAACAAGAAAAAUAAUAUUUAUAGCUAUCUAUAAGAAUGAAUAAAAUAUAUGUAAAGAGAUAGAAUCCCAAUGAGCACAAUAUUAAUGUAAGAGUUAUUACUGGAGUAUUGAGAUGUUACUUAUUUUUUAUUGCUUAUAUAUGAAAGUAUACUUUAAAUGCUUUAUUUUGAUCAAAAAAAGACCAAACUACUGUUCUAUGGUUGUAAUCCUCUUGUGUUUAAGCUCGCUGUAGAUUUUGAGCUAGCAUUUGUUUCUCUGUGGAAACGUUGCUUAGCGUAGCCGCUCGCUCGCGUGUUCAUGUAUCGGUGGCAAUGAAAAAAAAAUUCAGCUAAUGCAUUGCUUUGGUAUCAAGCUUUUUGUCGCUGAUUUGUUGCAUCCAUCAGUCUGUGAGCAGAGCGCUGUAGACAAGUGGGUAAAAAGUGUUCGUCAGAGAGGGGAACUAGUCGUUCAUCACUGCCGCAAGGUGGUUCUUCCUCAGAGGAGAGCUGCUUCAUAAACUCACUGAGAGAUGUCUCAUCAGAGCUGCCUGAUGAUCCUGAUGAAGGGAAAAGCAAAUAGUGAUAAGGUUUAUAUUUCCAGGACUCCAGGCUGAUCCUUUGUCUCACAUGUAGAACACAUCAGGAAGUGCUCACUUCAGCUGUACUCUUCAGUGAUACUCUGAGUACACUGUGUGGUUCAGGUGAGGGAUCUGCCCAGGUACAUCGUCCACAUGAUGACUCCCUAGCUGUAAAUUUCCCAUUAUGUUAGCUUCAUUGUUCUCACAUGAACUACAGACUUCAUGCCAGGACAUUGCAGGUAAAAGUGUUAAUGUUUAACCUGCAGCCCUGUCGGGCGAUUAAGAGCAUAAAUAACUUUUCUUUGUUCCAGCCUCCCCUGAAAGGUUUGCACCGUUUCAUCAGGGGAGGAAAAUAAGGUUUGUCAUUACUGACCUUUUAUACUAUUGAAUAUUUAUAUUUUUAUUACUGACCUUGUCCAGUGAGUGAAGUCUGCAGAACCUUCUGGAAGUUUGUAGAAGACCGCUUUGCAGACAUGAUUGUAGAUCCAGAGAAAUGUCUCCCCAUGUGGACCUCCUGACAUUGUCUCUGCAUCUUGAUGAGUCCACUGAGUGAGGACCUUGUGUUUCAACCUUUAGUUUCAUGUCCUGGCUGCAUAGCUGAGCGGCUGGUUCCUCUCUUAGCUGAUUGGCUGUCUUCUCUGUGGUGUGUUGGUGGUCAGUCACUCAUGGUGAAGGUUUGUUUGCGUCUGCUCUCUGCUCUUCUUCAGCAUGUUCACCUAAGUUUGAGGCUUUAGCUAUUUGUGGUGUUGCAGUUAAUGUUUAGCAUGCUGCCAAAAGAUGUAAAAAAGUGAAGAAUCGUUCCACAUCCAGUUAAGAGUGAGCAAAGAGUGAUUCAUGUCACAGUGCCAUGAAAGCACCGUUCAUCCAAGCACAGCCGGAAAAAACACACCAUGAGAACCAUCAUGUUUUUGUUUUUUAGGAGAUUUUUGAGUCUGAAUGAAGAUGCUUAUGGAUGGAGUGGAUAUGAUGUUGAAUAGAAACCUAUUAUAUAUGGAAAAGAUUUUAUCUGUGAUUGUUCUGCUGAACAGACUCAAAGACACAACACAUUCGUCAUGAACCAGAAACCAACCGCAGAACUCUUUACCUGCUAGAGACGAUCUGAUUGGACCUAGCACCUGUCAGUCACGCUGUAGGACUCAGCAAUGCCUACAGGAUCAAAUGGUGCUAAUUCAACGACUAAAGGUGUCUGAAACGAUCAGAUCACCCCCAAAAUGGAAAAUAAUCCUGCAGGUGUCCGAAUAGCAAAGAAAAGUCUGACUUCUCAGCAAACUCUUCAUAAACUUCUCCUGAAUGUUUCUGUUUUCCAGAGACUCUGUUUUCUAGACCUGUGAUCCUCAGUAAGAGUCCAGCAGAUGAGCAGACGCUCAGAGGAUGAUUUUUCAUGACAAAACUACUGAUCAGCACUCUGAGACCUGCUGAAGUUUGCAGGGAUCACGGUUGUUCCCCUCCCUGCAGGCCGAGCCGGUCCAGUUGCUGUCGUGGACAAAAAAUAUGAAACUGUGGAGGUAUUGUACAGACGACAUAGGAGCUGUAACUUUCCAUUCCGACUUUAUUCAUCUCCACACAACAACUGAACACAUUGUGCCAAAAACCAGCAGAACCUCUCCUCCCGACCUUGGUGUGAGUGGAGCCCUCUGGUGGGCCACCACAAAACUGCAAAAACUGCUGCAGAGCAGAUCAGCAGGUGGAGGUGAUGGAGUCACGGCACAGGAAGCAUGUGGUCAGCUGAUCAUUAGCUUUAGUGGGGAGAACUUUGAAAACAGAUCUUUGAGACAGAUCAUUUGACAAACAGAUCUGGCGCAGACUGCAGCUGUCGGUGGAUCUCCUUCAGAAGCUUUUAAAACAAACCUGCUGCUGCAUUGGCACAUUUUUAAAACUUCUCAGUUUCAACUUUGUUCUGUUGUUUUUGAACAGAGUUUAAAGGAUCUGAUAAUUAUUUGUUUCAAAAUUUUAAACCGAUUCUAUGUUUUAGCUGCUAUUCCAGCUUUUCCUGUUAUCUCAAACUGCCCGCUAAAAUAAGAGCUUGGACAAGCUUUCCCCUGCCAAAAUCAGUAGCUGUAUCUGCACCAGCAAUUGAAACUGUUUUCAGGUGUUGACCUUUGACCUGCAGAGAGCUUUGCUUUCGCCAGGGUUUCAGAUCUCCCCUCUGUCAGUAGUUUUGUCAUGAAUGAACUUCUGUACGGCUGUUCCGAGUCGAACCACAUUCCUGUUGUUCCUCUUCAGGCUCCGUUUCCACGCACCGCCUUGCCGAUUUACACACUUACACCAGGUGAGAGCAGGCCCCAGGUGUGGUUCAGGUAAUUUGGUGAUGCUGCUUCAUGGAAACAGAGCCUGGGGGAGUUCUUUUAAUGUCGAGUCAGUGAGCUGGGAACACUGCCAGCAGCCUCACCUGUUCCACAGCGGCCAGAUGAGUGUGCCGCUAACCUGUGCGGGUCACAUUGAUGGGAUCUGUUCUACCCUGCCUCUGUGUGAGCUGCACCCUGUGGUGUUUCAAGUCUGACAGACUGUGUUCAAAACAUUAAAGAGACGUG